AUGAAAACCCUCUCUCUUCCGCCGUUGUUUGCUCCUACUCCUAGAGCUUUUGGAAACGGUUUAACCUUAACCACGAAGUGUUUUCCCAAGCAACUUCAUUUCAAUUCUCCAUGUCUUGUUUUCUCUACACACUCGACUUCUGCAACUCUAUCUGUGGAAUCACAAGUAGAAACGAAGCAAGUAUUUGAUGGAGACAAGGCUUCUUUGCUUGUUAGUGAGCUUAGAAAGAAUUUUGAUUCAGGUAAGACUAAGAGUUAUGAAUGGCGGAUUUCGCAAUUGGAGUCCAUAGCUAACAUGUUAGUUGAGAAAGAGGAACAAAUUAUUGAUGCUCUUGUUAAGGACCUUUCUAAACCUAGAAAUGAAGCAUAUAUAACUGAGAUAUUCCAGGUGAAAUCUUCAUGUAAUGAAACACUUCAAGAACUCAAGCACUGGAUGAAGCCUGAAAAGGUCAGCACUUCAAUCACAACAUUUCCAUCAUCAGCAGAGAUUGUUUCAGAACCAUUAGGAGUUGUGUUGAUCAUAUCGACAUGGAACUUUCCUUUCUCAUUAUCAUUGGAUCCGAUCAUUGGAGCCAUUGCAGCAGGCAACACAGUGGUUUUGAAACCAUCCGAAAUUUCUCCUGCAGUAUCAUCCCUGCUUGCAAAUUUGCUAGCAACUUAUCUAGAUAAUUCUGCAGUAAGAGUUGUUGAAGGUGCUGUUCCUGAAACAACUGCACUCUUGGAACAGAAGUGGGAUAAGAUACUUUAUACAGGUAGUGCUCGAGUAGGUCGCAUUGUUAUGGCUGCAGCUGCAAAGCAUCUUACUCCAGUGAUUCUGGAGCUUGGAGGAAAAUGUCCGGCUGUUGUUGAUUCAAAUAUCAACUUACAAGUCACUGCUAGGAGGAUAAUAGCUGGCAAAUGGGCAUGCAAUAGUGGACAAGCAUGCAUUUCUGUUGAUUAUAUCAUCACAAGAAAAGACUUUGCUCCAACACUUAUAACUGCUUUAAAAGAAGAGUUAGAGCAAUUUUUCGGGAAAGAUCCGAUAGAAUCGAAAGACAUGUCUCGUAUUGUGUCUCCAACCCAAUUCGCACGACUUGUGAGACUCUUGGAUGAUGAUAAGGCAUCUGAUAAAAUUGUUUUAGGAGGUCAGAGAGAUGAGAAGAAAUUAAAGAUUGCUCCAACUAUCUUAUUAGAUGUUCCAGAAGAAGCUAUGGUUAUGCAAGAGGAGAUAUUUGGGCCAAUAUUACCAAUUAUCACUGUAGACAACAUAGAAGAUAGUUUCAGUAUAAUAAAAUCAAGGCCAAAACCUCUCGCAGCAUAUCUCUUCACAAACAAUGAGCAGCUGAAGAAGGAUUAUGUUGAUAAGAUAUCUUCUGGAGGAAUGCUCAUCAACGACGCUGUUGUGCAUGUAGUUGCAACUCGUGGAUUGCCUUUUGGAGGAGUUGGAGAGAGUGGAAUGGGCGCUUACCAUGGAAAGUUCUCUUUUGACGGUUUCAGCCAUAAGAAGGCAGUUUUAUAUAAAGGUUUUGGUUCAGAUCCAUCCAUAAGGUAUCCACCAUACACGCCGGAGAAGGUAAAAUUGUUGAGGGCCAUUUUAGAUGGUAGUAUUUUUCAUAUUAUUCUCGCUUUGCUUGGAUGGUCUAAAUAA